AUGCCCUCCCAUACCUCGAGUCGUCGCAGACGACGCGCCAUCGAGGACGACGAUUCAGAACUGCGUUCCGAUGCCUCUGAAGCACCCAAGCGUCCCCGCCUGAGCCGAGGGGCCAGCGACUCCGAGGACGACGAUGACCACGAAAUACCGAACAGAUCUCGUACAAAUGGCGUGAACAGCACAGCGCGCGGCGACGAAGGUGGCUUCUCGCCUGGUGCUAUCCGCCGCGUCAAAGUCGAGAACUUCGUCACAUACGAACUGGCCGAAUUUUUCCCUGGCCCUAACUUGAACAUGGUCAUCGGCCCCAACGGAACGGGAAAGAGUUCGCUUGUCUGUGCCAUCUGUCUCGGUCUUGGCUUCAGCCCAAAACAUUUGGGACGCGCAGGCAAUGUCAAGGAGUUUGUCAAGCAUGGGAAGCCUUCGGCGGUCAUCGAGAUCGAAUUACAGCGCCGGCCUGAGGACAGAUCACAUCACGUCAUCCGGGUACAAAUCGACCGUGAAAGAAACAGUCAGAAGUGGUGGUUAAACGGAAAGGAUUCGUCACACAAAACUAUUCAAGGGUUGAUGAGGGAUCUGAAGAUUCAGGUUGACAACCUGUGCCAAUUCCUGCCCCAAGACCGCGUCGUUGAGUUUGCUUCCGCUACUCCGAUAGAUCUGUUGCACGAAACCUUGCGUGCUGCAGCACCGCAGCAGAUGCUGGACUGGCAGCGGAGUCUGCAGGAUCUUCACAAGGACAGAAAGGAACUCCAGCGUGGGACCGACUCUGCAGGCGACCAUCUGAAGCAACUCGAGGACAGACAGAACUAUAUGCAGCACGAUGUCGAUAGACUUCGCGAGCGAGAGGAGGCCCAGCAAAAGAUCGUUGACCUCACUGAUGCACGAGCAGUAGCCGACUAUCUCGAGUCCAAGGCCCUAUACAAGGAAAAGAGACAACAGGAGAAGCUUGCCCAGAAGAACCUGCGGAAGCUUGAGCACGAGUCUGCCCCUUCUCUGCAAGCUGUGAACCGAAAGCAAGAGUACCACGAAAAGGUGGCGGCUGUGGUUCGCAGUCGCAAGGAUACUCUACGACGCACAGAGGCUGCGGCCGACACGUCACUCAGCCGGAUCGAGGACGUCGAUGAACAAGUCAAGACGAUAGAGGGCAACAUUGAAAGUAGCAAGAAGGGAUUCGAAGUCAAAAAGCAAGAGCUGGGCAAGAUUCGAAGCAAGAUAGGGCUUUUGGAAAAUCAGAAGAAAAACAAGCCUGCAGAAUUCAACGCCACAGAACACAACACCCAAAUUCGAGAGAAGGAGCAUCAACUCCGAGAGCUUGAGGCUGAAUCCCGUCAAGCUGAAGGGAAGCUUCGGGACAUCAAGGAACAAGGCCAUGCCAAGACGCAGAUGAAGCAAACGCUCAACCGGGAGCUUGAAGGCCUCCAUUCUCAACAGGGCCAGAUGUUCAACUUCAUUCAGAAGAAAUGGCCCGAUGUUGCCAAAGGCUACACUUGGCUACAGGAGAAUGCCGACAAGUUCGAAAAGGAGGUUUUCGGGCCACCUGCACUCUGCUGCUCGGUUAAAGAUGAUCGGUAUUCGGAUCAAAUCCAAGCACUGCUACACAACGACGAUUUCCUGUGUUUUACGGCGCAGACCCGUGACGAUCACAAGAAGCUCAGUCAUUACCUGUACAAGGUUAUGAGUCUCUCUGUCAAUGUUCGGUCGAUCCUCAAGCCGCUGCAUGAGUUCCGGCCCAAGAUGAGUCGAGACGAGGCCAACGCUCUCGGCCUAGACGCAUUUGCACUUGACAUGAUCACCGGGCCCGAGCCAGUGCUGGCGAUGCUUUGCAACGAAAAGAAGAUCGAUGCAUCGGGCAUCGCGUUGAAGGACAUUAACGACGCCCAAUAUGAUCGAAUAGUCCAAGGAGAGGUGAUCAACAACUGGUCGACAGGCCGGCAGCUCUACAGAGUGUCUCGACGCAAAGAUCUUGGCCCUGGAGCCGUUUCAACGAUGACCAGGGGCAUUCAGCAAGGCAUGUUCUGGACAGAUCAACCAGUCGAUGAAGCAGAAAAGAGCGAGAUCAAACGCAAGAUCAGCGAGGUCGAGGCAGAAUUUGAUGCGUUGAAAGCUCAAAAUACUGAAGUGCGAGGCCAGAUGGCUGGUUUCAACGACAGAAGGAAUGAGAUCCAUGAAGACCUCAAACUACUCAAGGAAAGAAAGAAUGAACUCCAAAGAGCCCAUAACGCUUACCAAGGGAUUCCAGUAAAGCUCGAGAGCGAGAAGAGGGCACUGGACCAGAAGAAGGCAGAGGUUGAAGAGGCCAGGACGGCCAUUCAACAAUUAGGCUUCGACCUUGACAAAGCAAUGUUAAGCAAGGCCAAGACCACCUUGCAGCACCACGCGGCUAUUGCGGGUGUUCGCGCAGCGCAGGAGGCACUGCUCGAGGCGCAGAUCCGCGAAAUCGAGGCCAAGUCUGACGUACAGGGUCUCAAGGCUAGAAACAAUGAGCUUGUACAGAUGCUGGAGGACGAAAAGCGCAACAUUGCCGCCUUGACCCAGGACUCCCAGCGCACGAGGCAGCGAGCUGAGGACGCCCAGAGCAAAGUCAUUGAGAUUUUUGCCCAAGAUGAGACCAGGAAGGACCUUCUUGAAGCCCUUGCUAGGAACAAGAGCGUCGAAGACGUUGACAAUGAAAUUGCGGCAGAGCAACAUACGAUCGAACAAAUCCAUGUCGCCAACCCAGGUGCCCUUCGCGAAUUCGAGAUGCGAGCCCGAGAGAUUGAGAAGUUGCGCUCCAAGAUGGAGUCCUCAACGACGAAAUUGGAUCAUCUCAAUCGCCAGAUCACAAAGAUCCGUGAGAAAUGGGAGCCGCAGCUGGAUGAGCUCGUCGGCAAGAUCAACGACGCCUUCAGUUACAACUUUGAGCAGAUCAAUUGCGCCGGUGAGAUCCGAAUCCACAAGGACGAAGAUUUUGACCAAUGGGCACUGGACAUCAUGGUCAAGUUCAGAGAAAACGAAACUCUCCAGCAGCUAAACCAGCAUCGCCAGUCUGGUGGUGAACGUGCUGUCUCCACAAUCUUUUAUCUGUUGGCUCUCCAGUCCAUGGCGCAGUCGCCCUUCCGGGUGGUUGAUGAGAUCAACCAGGGUAUGGAUCCUCGUAACGAGCGCAUGGUGCAUGAGCGUAUGGUGGAGAUUGCCUGCCGUGAGCACACGUCGCAGUAUUUUCUUAUUACGCCCAAGCUCCUCACUGGUCUUCGAUAUGACCCGCGCAUGCGCGUGCUCUGCAUUGCCAGCGGCACGCAUAUGCCCAAGGAGGGCAAGAAGCUCGACUUUGCUCGCUGCCUGAAAAGACACAAGCAAAUCACGGCUGGCGCGUAG